AUGGACAAAGGCGAUCACAAAGACAAAGAACAUAAGGAUGUUGAAGCGACUGUAAGUAGGAAUGAAGAAACUAAAAAAUUAGUUAAACAAGAAGGCAAAAUAGACAAAAGAAUCGCCGACAAAUAUAACAAAAAACCAAAUAUAAAGAAGAACGCGUUUAAAAUACCUUUAUUAAGUAAAAAACUACCAGAGACUAUAACAAGCAGUAUUGUAAAUAAUGUUCCUGUGCCAGUGGUUGAACCGCCGAAAAUUGUGCUACCUCUAAAAAUGAUGCCUCCACUAAAUUUAGCCGAAAUCAUGCACCCCCAUGCCACUGCAUUACUAACCAAUAAUUUAAAAAAACAAAAUAGUAUGAAUGCACCAACGAAUAGUUUUCAUGACAGUUACAGGCAACAAAAUAGUAUAUCUGUACCCAUACAACAGAAUAUUCCAAUACCUCAAAGUCCUAUAAUCAAUAAUUUUGGUGGCCCUAAUAAUAUUAGCCCUCACAAUAACAGGCCCAUACGAAAUGAACAAAAUUUCAACAGACCAAAUUUUAAUAAUAUACCAAAUGAAUUUGAGGGUCGACCAAACGACUUUAAUGGACCACAAUUUCAUAGACCGCCUCAAAACGAAUUCGACAACUUUCACAACCAACAAGAUUUCCACAACAGACCGAACUCUCAAAUGCAGUUUAGAGGUCCUCAACAGCACAAUAAUCCCCAAUUGAUCCAACGGAAUCAAUUUAAAUUUGAACCCCCUCCACCUGAUAUAAACUUAAACAAUUUUAAAAUGGGGCCUCCACCAAAUUUAGCCGAAAUCAUCCAGCUUAAUGCCACGGCAUUAAUUGGCAAUAUAGUUGGUAAUUUACAAAAACAAAAUUGCAUAAAUGUACCAACGAAUAGUUUUCAAAACAGUCACGGGCAACAGAGUAAUAUAUCUGUACCCAUACAGCAAAAUUUACCAAUACAACAGAAUAUUCCAAUACCUCACAGCCCUAUAAUCCAUAAUUUUGGUGGCCCUGAUGCUAACAGCCCUCACAAUAACAGGAUACCUCCCAUAAGAAAUGAACAACAUUUCAACAGACUAAAUUUUAAUAAUUUACAAAAUGAAUUUGAGGGUCGACCAAACGAUUUCAAUGGACCACAAUUUCAUAGACCGCCUCAAAACGAAUUCGACAACUUUCACAACAGACCGAACUCCCAAAUGCAGUUCAGAGGUUCGCAACAGCACGAUAAUCCGCAGUUCAAACAACGGAAUCAAUUUAAAUUUGAACCCCCUCCACCUGAUACUGCCGGUAUGCCCUUGCUUUUACCGCAAGAAGACAAGGGUUUUUGUAGCGACCAGAAGAAUUUUUAUCAUGGAGAAAUCAAAGAGCACAUAUCUCCAUGGAAUGGAUCGCAGAAUAAUUGGAAUAGAGGUAGAGGGAGGUUUCACAAUAACAGUGACCCCAGAAGGGGAAGGGAAUAUGAGAAUCAUGAUUUUAAACAGCCACAAACUUCCAACUUUGAACAUCAAGAUACCCACAACAGCCCCAGCUUUAGAAAGGAAGACCCCAUUCCAAACUAUAGGAACCCCGGACAAGUCAGAGAAGAUUUUAGGCAACAAAAUAAGUCGGCAAACAAAAGAGGAAGAUUUAGAGGUCGAGGAUUCCAGCACAAUAGAUCUAGAGGUAAAUCUGAAGCAAGAGAGGUUAAAGAUCGGCAGGAUUUCCAGUACAGAAACCAAUUCGAUUUGGUUGAUAGUGCAAAUGAUGAUAAUAGACCAAGGUCUAGAUCACCACCAAAGGAAUCGUUUCAUUCCCCGCUGGAUAGUUGGUAUGUAAGCGACAAAAACCUAACUGAAAAAGAUUACGAGGUUCAGAACGUUAACAUCCCCAAAAUUAAAAAGGAUUUUACAAAAGAUAUCAUUAAAACUGCAGAGGAUGAAUCUAAUGUUGUUGACCCGGAAAGUGACGCAGUUAAUUCAGUGGAGAAAGGAGAAUUAAGCACGCAAGAACCAGAAGCAACAAGUAUUCCUGAAAACCCGGAAAUACAACCGGAAGUUGUAGAGUCCACUUUCAAAACUACUACUGAAACACCAUCUUCAAGUGUACAAGACGACCCCAUAGAGGAAAGUAAAGUAAAAACUGACAAAAAAGAAACUCCAGCAGAAGAAGAAAAAGACACUACAGAAGAAGUUACAUCGACGCAACCACAUCCACAAGAAGAAACCAAACCCGAAAGCAGUACAGCAGAACAAAAUAUUUUGGCGAAAUUUUUUGCCAAUCUAAUGGGUAGUGGGAAUAAAGAAGACAAAAAAGGUGCCCUCCUAUCGUUGAUAAGCACUUUCACCGACAGUUUUAGUGAUACGCAGAUCAAGAAAAUUACUAAUAUUAUUAAAGAUGCAAGCUCUGAAACGGAUGAACAGGCUGCCAAAACUACAGAAAAAGAAAGAGCGGUGAUUGAUCAUGAAGAGGAGAAACCCGUCAAGAUUGAGGAGGUUAGCGUAGUAAAGGCUGAACCGGUACAAGUCUCUGUGGGGGAAAGUAUAAAGAAGAAAAAAAGAACGACUCCGACAAAACCCAAGAGACACAAAACAGAAUUAGAAUUGUUGCCGGGAAAUAUUCAAGACAUGUUUAUACGUGACGGUGAGUUGACGGCGAACGGCAAAAGGAUGUGUAGGAUGCUGAAAUCUGAUCCAAAAGCACUAAAUACAGACACAAAGGAUAAAGAGAAGAAUAGUGAAAAGAAGAUUCCAAAGGAAGAAGACAGUAAAAAUGCAAUGGAUAUAAAUUAUAUGACGAACGUUAAGGUUGUUCUUAAUAGAAUAUCGCCUAAAGAACUUCUGAAACUACGCAUCCCCAAAUCAUUAUUUCUUAAGGAAGAAAUUGAUGCAGAACCAUCUAGUAUCUCUUUAGAAAGUGAAGAUUUGAAAAAAGGUGAGAAGGAAGAAGAGAAAAUUGACAAUGAAAAUACGAAGAAAAAAAAGGUAACCAAACGUAAACGUAAGACCUUCUGGACCAGCGGUUUAAAUAAAAAACGGAAAAAGAGGAAAGCAGAUAAAGAUAAAUUAAUCGCUGAAACAACGGAUAAGCCGUUCGUUAAACCACACGUUUGUUAUCUCAAGGAAAAAAACAAAAUGCAGUGCAAGUUGUGUCCGUUCAGUAGCAAAUACUUGGCGCACCAUUACAUUAUGAACCACCCUGAAGAAGAAAUGUGGUUUACACGUCUAACAAAGGAAAACGCCAAGUUGGCCGUGGAGGAUGCCAAAGUAAACAUGAAAAAAUACGAACAGUUAACAACCGCGUUCAAACUUCACAAGAAAUACCAAUUUGCGUGCUGUUUUUGUAAAUACAAUAAUUCGAUGUUUCCCAUUUCGUUUUACGACCACGUGACACUGCAUACAGGGGAAUUUAGGUAUAAAUGUCAAGAUUGUAACUUCGUAAACAAUAACAGAAAAGGUAUAAAAAAUCACAUACAAAAAAAUAAAUCCCACAAACGACAUGCCCUACCCAGCAAACUAUCUGGCAUAUACACCUUCUUGUUUAUGUGUAACGAGUGUAAUUAUUGCCAAAUAGACAAGGGGAAUGUUAAAAAACACGUAAAUAAUACCCACGGAAAGAACGUCAAGAUUACGAAGAUUAUUUCUUCCACCUUACCUAUACUAGAUGCGGACGAUAAGGAUAGCCUCCAAAAGAGAGUAAUGAAGUUAGAGAAGGACGAAGUAGAGACAAAAACAAAACAUGUAGUCAAAAAGAGGAAAUGCGUCAAAAUUAAGGCCAUCAUUGAAGAUAAAGAAAUUAAUAAAAAAAACAAUAAAGAACCACCCAGGAAAAAAAUUAAACGGGACAAGAAGUCUUCCAAUUUCCGGUCGCCAUUGAUGAAAGCAUUAAAAUUAGAUAAUCCCGAUGAAGAAUCAAAAUCAUCUCCACUUAAUGCAUCUGCAAAUUUCGAAAGCGAUCAUGAAAUAAACUCUAUAGUUUUGCAAAAACAAGUUAAGGAAGAAGCAACACAUAUUAUACCUGCGGCGGAAAUCAAGAAGGACAUUGAAACGAUUGACUUUACUUGCGAUACUGAUUACAAUGAGGACAACUUGUUAGGUUCUGGAUUACAGAAUGCAAUUUCCUUCAAGUCCGAACCUGACGAAGAAGAUGAGAUCAUCCCGGAACCGGAAUUAGUCCUCCUUCCUGGUAUAGAGCGACCACCUACACCGGCAAUGCCAGUACUAGAAAAGUCCAUUAAUAAAUCUGUCGUCGUGGAAGAACCUGUACAAAAACCGACUGUUAUUAUAGAGCGACCAUUAACACCUGUUAUGCCAGUACUAGAAAAAUCAGUUAAUAAACCGGUCCAACCAACUGUGAUAAACGAUGUUAACGUUAAAGCUUGUUUGGACCAGAGUAUAAUAUUCAAUGGUUGCUGCGUUCAAGUUAUUAAAAAUGACGACAUAUUAACGUAUUCGUGCCAAGUGCUGCCUUGUGUUUACAGCUGCGAAAAUCAGGCUUCCUUCAUGAAACAUUGCAAGGAGCAACAUGCGAACAUUGAUAAAGUUAAUUGUGACGUAUGUAAGAUUAAUGUCGAUGGUGGUACGAUGGAAGACAUGUUCAGACAUGUUUUAAAUGUACACUUGAAUGAAUUUGAAACUUCACCGCGUUUGAGUUUACUGAAAAUGAGAAGACUAAGCGGCGACCAAUUGUCAACUGUAAUUGAUAUAACAGGUGACUUAAGUAACAGCGAUAUGGAGAAGGAUAAAAUAGUUAGUGAAAACGUUAUUAAAAGUGAAAUACCGGAACAACUACAAGAUAUUCAAGUCGCUUCAGUGCCGGAACAAUCCGUUGAGUUUAAGAACCCAUUCGAAUUUAAAAUAUCUGGAGUCAUGUCCUUGGCAGAGGAACCAGUUGUGUCACCACUGAGACCGCUAAAACUAACACCAACCAAAAUUAAUUCCAAUAUUUUCUGGUCCAAAAUGAACGACGACGAGUUGAAGAAGCCGAAAAAAAGUCAGUUUGCGAUGGCCAAAUUUUUGACCGCUAUAAGGGAUCUAUACAAAUGUCCAGUGUACUCUUGCAUGUUUUCAUCCAACUUCCGCGAUGAAUUCGAGUCUCAUCUAAAUAAGCACAAACUUACGCCCAAAUCGUUGUUUUUACCCUGCGUGUAUUGUGACUACAAAAUGCUUAUAGAUAACGUCACCACGCAUAUUGACGUAAGCCACGGCAAAUGCCGGUACGCUUGCGGAUAUUGCAUGUACCGAACCAUGGAUCCCGAUUAUGUGUACUUGCAUCAUUUAGAGGAGCACAAAGAUAAAGAAAAAUAUAGAAUUGUACAAGUUGGCACCACUGCAGUGGCUUGUUUGGCCACAGAACCACAAAACACUUGUCUGCCAGAGGAUAUCACGAAAUAUUGCAAACCUUAUCAUUGCAAACCUUGUCAGAAAUCUUUCCUUUUCGAGAACGACUUUAAACGUAACAUGCUGCGUCACAACUUAUUGGAUUUGAUUCAAUGCGGAUUUGGAGUUGAAUGUUCCGCUUUGGAGCCCACAAACAAGAUGGUCCAGCAUUGGAACUCCGUACACAAUGUGUGCGCGUAUCAGUGCGGGUAUUGUUUCUUCAGUGCGCCGAAUCAGGUUGCCGUAUUCAUGCACCAAGUGGCAAAACAUUUUAAUCAAAGUCCGAAGGUGUAUUGCAGAAUUAAUCCCAACGAGAAUGCAGACAACCUCUUCUACAGCAGUGAAGCUAUGGCACUGCUUCCGGUUCUACGUAAACUUCCGGAUUCCAUGAAAGAACCGGAAGCGAUCGAAGCGCCACCUAAAGCUCAACCGCAAAAAUCUGAAUUAAAAGUUGCCAGCGGUUAUAACAAAGGAAAUUCCUUGCUGAAACCGCCUACGAAAGCUUCCGGGGUGACGUCGACGACCGGAAGCAAGCUGUUCCAAAUCUUGCCGAGCGAGAACCUAAUCUCGAAAAGUUUGGCGCCCAACUCCAAGUCACAAGUUUUGAAGGCUAUUCCUAAUAAGUUUAAUUCCCUGCUUUCGUUUGCCAAGACUUCUUCAUCUUCUUUAUCAUCCCUGCCGUCCACAUCUACAGGGCAAGUGUCCUUGUUACGAAAAAGGUUAUCUUUUUCGAAAGAAUCGCAACCAGUGGCGAUAGAUACAGUUGAAAUUCCUCCGGUCGAAGAUCCAUCGUCGACGGGUGAACUACCGGAACAACCGGAAGUGGAUCCUUUAAGCUUGACGGACUCUGAAAGCGAGAGUUUCUUGCAGAAGAACGCUGCUACUUCCUCGGAGGACGAUAGGUCCGACAAGAGCUCUGAAAAAUCUUCCAAACACCCCGAAAAACAAGCUUUCACUUUGUGCGAGGACAAGUGGACUACUGCUGCGCAAAUCAGGAGCCACUUGAAAACAAAACACAACGUGUCCAGUAUAACGCUAACACCCCCCGAAAGUCAGCAACAAAACAUCCCGGAACUAAACGAAUGCGGUUGGUGCGGCUACACGGACAAGGUCAAUAUGAAUUUCGUGCGGCACUUGUUGACGCACAGCAAAGAAAAGGCGGUGCCCGAUUCGGCGCCGGUGAAUCCCAUGCCGUGUUCGGACAAGAUCGAGAAAAUGUUUGAUAAGAUGACCAAUUUGGCUUUUAACGGGUUCCAAGGUAGCAAGCAGAAAACGGAAAAAGGCGAAGAAAGAGAAACAUUGCCAGAGGCGCACCUCGAUGUGUCGGCUAGGUUGACGAUGGUGAGAGACCUGAAGGAACUAAAUGGUACGCAUAAACUAGGAACCGAUUCCAUAUAUGGAAUCAGUUCCAAGUUUAAAAGUGACGAUAAGCAAGAGAUUUCUACACAUUUUACCGAGAAACACCCCAAGAACGAUAUGUUUGAUGUUAUACAAACACAGCAGAACAAAAGUCCUGACAAAAAAACACCAACAUCCGCUACAAUCUCAAAACCAUCUAAUUCUGCAACCCACUCUACGCCACCGCCAUCUUCGAUAGAUUCUUCCCUUGAAGCAGUGACCUCGGGAAAUUUCUCAAAGAAAAAAUCCCUACCCAUAAACGAGAAUUUCAUAGCGGAAAUCAACAAAGAAACUGCCAAAGCACUCGAAAAACUGACAAAUGAAAAAUUCAUUACAGUUCUUGAUGAUGACGAAGAAGAAGAUAAUAUUGUCGUAAAACAAGCGAAACCGAAGGAUAUUCCCCCGGAUAUCGAAGGCAGGCUGCCAACUCUGGAAAAAGAAAUGCUGGAUCCAUUCCACCUGACGCACUUGAUUAGAGAGUUCGGGGGAUUCGGCAACCCGUUCAACAAGCAGUUCAAUUGUCCCGUGUGCGAUAAAUUCAAGAGCAAACAGGUGGUUGAUUUCAUUUUCCAUCUGUACAUUGAGAAAAAAACCAAGAGAUUCAUGUGCACAAAAUGUUCGGCCACCUCCGUAAGCUACGACUUAAUGUGUCGUCACGUGAAAGGGCUACAUGACACCCACACCCCGUGGGAAGUCAUCAAACCACUUCCGCGUCACAAAAAACUCGAAGUUUGGAUACAGGAGCUGCUGCGCGCGCAAGCCGACACAAUAAUCCUCAAACAAGGCUUGGUCUCUGCGAAGAUCGACAGCGACAAGCCGAAGAUUCACGAGUGCGAGUUUUGCGGUGAAAAGUAUUUCAGCAAAGUUAACAUUCAAGAGCACCAAUUGGUGCACUGGAGGGACAAGCCGUUCCAAUGCGGCUCGUGUAGUUUUAGCGAUGUAAGACGCGAGAAAGUCGUGGAACACUGGAAGAAGGAGCACAAAGGUGAGUGCAAACUCUCGCUUAAAGCACCUCUGGUUGCUACGGUCAUUGCAAACAGAGACGAGAGCGACAAGGCAUCCUAUAAAGACGCCGUUAACUUAGUUGAGGAGGAAAACGAUGAUGUCACGACGAUGGAGCAAGUUUUACAGGUGGUGGAAGAGAAAGAGGUUAAAGAACCAUCAAGUAAUAAAGGUCAAAUAGUUUUUAUAUGCGAUUUGUGCGCUGUAUACACGUUCAACCAAUUGCAGAUGGAGGAUCACGCGAUAACAAAACACAACUCCACAAAGUGCUUCAAACGGUUCAUGUGGAAAGCAUAUGUAGACAACCCGAACUACAACGUGCACUGCUGGUAUUGCGACGUGCAAGGACCGGAUUUAAUGGUGCGGGACCAUCAUUCGAAAAAACACGCCGAAAACAAGUACCAACCGUACAAAUUCACGUGCGAAUUGUGCCCGCAGAGGUACGCGUCCAGCGAACACUUUAAAAUGCAUUUCGCACGGGAACACAACAACGCCGAGGUUAGGUACAGGACUUUGGACAACACGCUGCGCGAGCAAGCCAAACGAGUUUUAAACCUUUACAAGUGCGUCUUGUGCGAUUUUACGUCCACCAACUUUAAAACGAAAAACAUAAGGUUGCACGUACGCACUCACACGAAACCGUUUAGUUGCGGCGUUUGCCACAUGAGAUACGCGUGCGCCAGUCAAGUCAGGACCCACUGCCUCAAGAAACAUCCAAAUAAAACCGAAAUUAUCGAGGAAGAUGCAGAAAAGUUGAGAGAAUCUUCGGAGUUGAUGAGCAUCAUCAUCGACACUGCCGUUCCAGUAGACGUCACAAAAAAAUCCAUCACCGCGAUGGAAGAAUUCUCGUACUACGGCACGCAACCCGCGAUACUCGACCUGAAAAACAUCAAAACCGUCGUGGAAGUGAACAACGUCGGUCUUAACGUGACCGCAGAACAAUUGGGCAACAUUUUCAACUUGAAUUGUUACGUGGAAGUCGACAAAUACGUCCCCGAAAUCAAUCCUUGA